CAAGAUGGAGAUUGAUGGAAGACCAAGUUCUUCAGGGAAGCCUGAUUCAUCUAUGGGUCCACCUAGAUUGUCAUUAUUAAGUCCCCCCAAGGAUGGAAGAAUGGGUACCGUGCCUCAGAGGGCAGCUGGCAAACUAGGAUCUUUUAGGACUUCAGCUCACUCAACACCAGUGCAGCAGAUCGGACUUUCAGGUUAUCUAUCAUCUGGUACUUUGAGUCACAGAGGAGGAUCUUGGGACUCUUCGAACUACAGAACCAUGCUAUCUUGUCCUUCAACACCAUCUUCACCACAGACAUCUGUCUCGAGGACUCCCAUCAGCAUUUCAAAUCUCCUAAUGAAAAGUUCACCAACACUGCUUACCUCCAGCCUUAUCACCUUGGAUGCUUAUAUCCUGUUUGCAAUGCCAAGUUUGCCAAUGAAAUCAAGAAGCACAGAAGAAGCAGACUUCACUGUCACCAGUGAGGAAACCAAACUGUUGGAAGGACUUUACAACUCCACAUGUGACUUUAACCACAACAAGACACUGGACAAAUCUCAAAUUGUGAAGUACAAAGACAAACAACUGACCAUGUUCUAUCACAAACAUUGUUCCUGUCCCUAA